GUCUCAAAGUCAAUCAGGCCUGUCUUCUAGCCCUGAAACCUUGGAUGGACCCUAUGUGGUUCAAGCGCGGAGUACCCUUACAGGCGGUCUCACGAAGGACGGUGCUCUCAACGGACGCUUCCAACUCGGGUUGGGGCGCUGUGUGUGAGGGCAGACCGGCCUUCGGCUCGUGGAGUCACGAGGAAAGCCGUCUACACAUCAACUGUCUAGAGAUGCUAGCAGUGAUGAAGGCCCUUCAGUCUUUUCAGGCUCACUUGACAGGACGUCAUGUUCUAGUCCGAUCGGACAGUAUGACAGUGGUGUCAUAUUUAAACCACCAGGGCGGUCUCUCGUCCAGCCGCUUAUGCGCUCUGGCGAAACGUCUUCUGGAAUGGGCUCUUCCGAGGCUUCAGUCGCUCAGAGCGACUCAUGUUCCUGGCAGGAACAAUCUGGGCGCAGACAUGUUGUCACGGAGCAACAUCCCCUCCGAGGAGUGGAUGCUCCACCCCCAAGUGGUCCUCAAGAUUUGGGAGUUCUUCGGGAGGGCAGAGAUAGACCUCUUCGCCUCAGAAGACAACUCUCAUUGCCCAACAUUUUUCUCGAAGGAAGUCGAUGCUCUGGCCCAUACAUGGCCCAGCACGCUCCUUUAUGCCUUCCCUCCGAUCGCACUGAUCCCUCAGGUCAUCAGGCGCAUCAGAGAAGACCAACACAGAGUCCUUCUGGUGGCCCCGCUCUGGAGGAACCAGGUUUGGUCCUCGGAGCUGUUCAAGCUCUCCCUGAGAGCCCCGUGGCCGAUUCCCCAGAGACGGGACCUCCUCUCUCAGGCAAACAGAACGAUCUGGCACCCACAGCCGGAGCUUUGGGCUCUGCACCUCUGGUCCCUCGAUGGGAGCCGACCAGCCUCCCCGGGGACGUCCUAAAUACCAUUUCUCAGGCUAGAGCCCCGUCCACGAGACGCCUCUAUGACCAGAAAUGGUCUGUCUUUGUUGAUUGGUGUUCCUCACGCAACAUAGACCCUGUGGAGAGUGACGUAUCCUUCAUACUGUCUUUCCUCCAAGAACGCUUGGAAAUGGGGCGCACCCCUUCUACUCUUAAGGUUUACGUAGCAGCCAUUGCGGCGUUCCAUGCUCCCAUUGCUGGCCAAUCAGUGGGACGUAACGGCCUUGUAAUCCGUUUCCUGAGGGGUGCUAGGCGAUUGAAUCCUCCUCGCCCCCUCACCGUUCCCACUUGGGACCUCUCGCUGGUCCUCAGGGCCUUAAAGGGAACCCCCUUUGAGCCAAUGGGUUCAGCCGAUCUCAGGCCCCUAACGCUAAAGACCGCUCUGCUGUUAGCACUGGCAUCGGUUAAGCGCGUUGGCGAUUUGCAGGUCCUCUCUGUGAGCCCUGCAUGCCUUGAAUUUGGGCCUGGAGACUCGAAGGUCGUUCUGAAACCUAGGCAUGGCUACGUUCCUAAGGUGCUCUCAACCCCGUUUAGAGCUCAGGUCAUCUCGCUUUCUGCUCUUCCUCCCUCGGCGGAUGAACAAGAGCUAGAGCUACUCUGCCCAGUCAGGGCAUUGAGGACCUAUGUGGAGCGAUCGCAGCCUUUCAGGCAGUCGGAUCAGCUCUUUGUUUGUUUUGGUGGCCGCACCAAAGGGUCUCCGGUCUCAAAACAGCGCCUUUCCCGUUGGAUAGUGGACGCUAUUAACCUGUGCUACUCCUCACUGGGUGCAGACUGCCCCAUAGGAGUCAGGGCCCACUCCACUAGAGGAAUGACUUCCUCGUGGGCUUGGUCCAACGGAGUUUCCAUUCAAGACAUCUGUGAGGCGGCCGGCUGGUCUUCGCCGUCCACUUUUGUCAGAUUCUAUCAUCUCGAUGUCCCGACCUUGCAAGCUCGGGUUCUUUCAGUGUGAUUAAGCGGCCUCUGGCGAGUUCCGCCUCACACAACCCCAGGAAUUAUUUCCUUAAGUGUAACUAGGGUUCGAUUAAGGCUUUGCCUUCUCGCUUGUCUUU